AUGUCAGACGUAUCUCCAUUUUUACUGGAAUCCCCCAGCAACGAUGGAGAAGACAGCUCUAGGGAGGACGAUCUUAUGACAGAAUUGGAUCAUACUGCCAUCGGCCAAGCAGUCCAGAUAGAUAUGCGAACAGAUCCAACUAACUUUUACUCCCUCGACCAGGAUAACGAAGCAUUCAAUGUGCGAAUUGAUAUCAAUUUCCUUGCACAAUUUUUUUUCCGCACUGUUUAUCUUAUCAACAACAACCUCAUAACCAAGCAAGAAAUAUAUAUAAUCUAUAAAUUGGUGACCACUCAUCACCAGCUUGGAGGCCUUUUUCGGAAAAUCCUCGGACUAAAAAGUGAAGGAGCACGACAAUUUCAGGAAACAGUCUUCCACUUCGCAAUUCGUGAUUCGAAGGUAGAGCUGCUCGAAAUCUAUACUGGAUGUGAGGAUGGAAAGUUGGUAUCCGAGUUACUUUCGACUGUUGAGUUCUUUGAACUAGAGUGCUCCUCGCCUGAAGUUUCUGUUAUGCUUUUCCCUUACUUGAGGGCACCUGUUCGGCUCCCACCGCCAGAUAGGAUUCGAGCACUUGAUUGGACUCGGAAAGAGAAGAUGGAAAGGGGCCUUCCGAAAGGUGCAGAUACCAGAAGCCAGUCAGCUAGGUAUCUAAAACAAGAUCUAAAGAGGGGGCUAGCACGCCUUUUCGUUCGAUUUUUUAGAAGAUUACUUGAACGCCAACUAGUUGAGGUCAACUCGCUUAGGAUCUACAAAGACGAUGCCCUAGAUAUUGAAAAUGUGGCAAUCAGGAUAUUACGCGCAGCUCUUGAGGUCGAAGACGCAGAAAUUGCAGAUUUCGUGAGCUCAAAUUGCGUUGGUCCAAACAUCUUCGAAAAUCCGAAAAUAUUCUUGGAAGUUAUACUUCAAAAGGAUAUUCUUGAGAUUAAACUUUGGAUCAGAAAAGGAGCCGACGUCAAUACGAGGUGGGAAACUCCAAGGAAAGCAGGCGACUGGUGCGCACCAGCGUUUAAAGCCUGUAUUUGCUGGCCUACCCGCUGCACAUGCUUGAAGUACCAUCACAUCCUUGCCGAUACUGUAAUUGCGUUUAGCAUUAACAGAAGACCGCUUUCUGAACAAGAGGGUACAGAAUUUGCCAUAUCUUACGGGGAUUUCAUGCGAGAUAACCAGGAGCGCAGCUUUGGAACUAUAUGUUUACUUCUAAAAACGCCGGGUGCGGAUUUGAAUCUUCGAGGUGUCAACACCCACAGGCAGUUAAACAUUCCGUGUCGAAGACAGUGCAGAACGUGGUGCAGAGACGGGGCGGAAAUGCUUAGAACCUGCAAUAAAUGUCGGCUUGCGCCUCGGUCUCAGCUUAAUUUUGAAUGCCGGGAGGAGAGUUGCUUCUGUUCGAGAUAUCCUCUGCAGGGCCAACUCUUUGACAGCAUUUUUUGGGGUCUGCUUCAAAUCGAAGACCCAAAGCUACAGUCAAAGGUCUUCAAAUGGAUCGUUAAAGAGCAGUUGCAAUUCAACAAUCUGGAGGAUAUACUGCUACAAUCUAUUGACACUGUUCUGUUGCCAUCCGGGUACUUGAACUACCAGCUUUUUCGAGCCUUGGUCGAAGCCUACCCUUCUUUAAACAAGGCGCUGAACUGUGAUAGACUUCUCGCUGAAGCAAUUUACUACGGCGACUAUGAUAUUGUGGAGAUAAUCAGCACACACAGAUGGCAGAGUGGCAAAGGCUCAGAUAAUGUCCCUCCAGAAGCUUAUGGUAUAUCUAGGCCGUCCCGUCAUUUGUCAAUGCACACAGCCGACGUCAGUUCGACAGCCACUCAAGGACCGAUAAUCCAACAGAAAGGGGUCAAUGAUGGCCAUACUGACCGAGACUCAGAUCCCUAUAGAGACAAGGAUGGAUCUUUCCGGUACCCUGAAUCCUCAUAUGAAAUAAUUGAGGCAUUGUCGCACGAAGAACGAAUUAUAUCCUUAGAAAAGGUCCUGUGUCUAGCCUUUGGUUAUGAUAAAUGGCACGAUAGUCCAUUUUAUUUCCCUACCUAUAGGCUCUUCGAUUCAUAUUCAUCCAAUUCCCUGCAAAAGGACUUAGACAUCAACCGAGAUUUUGUGCUUGCCCAGGAAAAAUAUUGGUAUCGCAACGCAAGUGUCUGUAACUCGCGAGAUUUACAUCUAAAUACACCUAGACUGGAAAGAAUUGCAGUUAUAGUUAGGUUGAUGAUACAUCACCAACUUGAGGAUUUAUUGUCCGUCAUCAAAAUUUUGCUCGAUAACAACUAUAUCGUCAGUAUCAUGAGUUUGAUGACGCUGUUCAUUCGAAAGUUGAAUGGUGUAGGAUGGGCGAUUGUCACAGAUCAGAUCUUUGAAUAUUUAAGAAGCCAAGCUGUCGUCACGGAGACAACAAACUUUAUUUUUCAAAAGAUCGAGACAUUAAUACCAGUUCUCCGGUCUUCAGAUUAUGGCAAUCUUGAUAAAAAAUCUCGCAGGCCGGUCCUCAACAUCAUGAGGCCGAUCAUGUGUGCUCUAGUACGGGAUGAACUCGAUUCCCAAAUGCACAAACAUGCUUUAACACUUCUGGAGAACUUAGUCUCGGUGUAUUUGGGUAUCAACUUAGAGCCAGAAGCGUUGGGAACAUUGCGUCGUUUCUUUAAUAGCAUCACAGAGCUCCAUUAUAUGAUAUUUGAAAAUAUACGGCAGGCUAUUUCUAAGGGCGAACGGGCAUGCCAACUUCUAAAGAACCUAAAGGCCUUAGAAAAAGUCGGCUGGGAUAUCAAUUCAAAGGAUCCAGCCGGCCACUCCCUUUUUAUACACGCUUCUAUGUCUAGAUUUGAUUCCAUUUUUAUUUCUGGUAGAUAUGCUGAGUACUUCCACGGCAUCUAUAUCCGUGGAAAAGUAUCCUACGAAUACUUGAAAAGCUACAGGCCUAACCUAUGCCAUAGAACCAAAGAGUUUGAUUUGCUUGUCUUUCUCAAAGGUUUAAUCGACCUUGGGGCAAGGGUAGAUAACCCGCCAAUAUCUAAACAUAGAUUCGAGACCAGGGGCGACUUUACAGUUCUGUUAACUUCGGUCAGGAGGGGGGACUAUAAAGCGAUCGAGCUUCUCCUGGAGCAUGGGGCGACAGGAUUCCUUGAAUACGGCGCCCCUAGAUAUGCAAGAGCGUGGUUUGGCUAUUCCUUUGACAUAACUCCAGCGUUUUUAAAUCUAGUAUACAAAUUAGUCCCGCAUUGCAGACGCCAUCCACACUAUAGACGGCGUCUGCAAUACAAGACUACAUACAAAUAUGACCUAGCUUCUAUGAUGAACCCCUUACAGUACGCCUCAUAUGAGGGCAACGAAAAAGUGGUUCUUCUUCUGCUCAGAUACGGCGCAGAUAUCGAUAACUGCCUUAAAGACGGGUUUACGGCACUUUACCGAGCAGCAGAAAUGGGCCGAAUGGACACAGUUGAUAUUCUACUCAAAGCGGGAGCAAAAAAGAGAAGAUUGCAGGCUGCGGAAAUUGCAGGAAAAAAUGGAUUUCAUGAAAUAGCAAAGAAAAUCCGCGAGUUUCCCAUUACAGAAGAUGGUAUAAAAAGGAAAAUCGAGGAAGAGUAUGCAAAAUAUACAGAGGCUUGGACAAUGAUUGCGCAGGAGGCAGGGAGUGAUGGAGGGGAUCUGCGGCCGAUGGAGAUUGAUGAAGAGUGUUUGCAACCGAUGGAGAUUGAUAGAGAGGAAGAUAUUAGCAAUGGAUCAGAGUAUAUAUCUGAAUCCUUCAUUGGGAUAAUGUCGGGUUAG